AUGCGAUGCGCGAGCAAGGCCGCCGAGAGCGCGUCCGCACGUCUCUGUGCGGACGCCGAAGCAGAAAAAACAGCAACUGAUGUCUCAUCGGUUGCUGAUGCGACCCAGCCUGUGUCACUUGGUGAUGCAAGCGCUCGUCAUGAGGACACUCACGUCUUCACAGAGUAUGAGCUCGGUGUCUCGUACUCUCCUGAUACGGAUGACGGAUCCGUAUCGACGGCGAUUGAAUCUAAGCCGCCUGCCAAGCCUGGCAUGGACGAUGCUUUGCGUCGCAGCAUCUUUGGUUCAUCUGAUGAAUCAGAUGAACCAUCGCCGAAGCGAAGGCGCUCGAGGUCGCGAGACUCGGGCGCUCACAGUGGUGUCGGUUCUCCUACUGACACCACUUCGCAACGAGGUGCCAGUCCUUCUGUCGGCACAUCGCAGGAAGAGCGGGAUCGCAAUGUCUUGCGUCUCGCUCCCGAGAAGAAGGCAUGA